AUUGACUUGCCGCCAUUCACAACACCUCCCCGCCGCCAUAUCACCUCGACGUCGCCUUCAACCCGUGCUAUACCAUACGAAAGCUCCGAAUCAAACUCUACAACUUCCACAAUGGCAUCAGGCUACGACCGCGCGCUCUCAGUCUUCAGUCCGGACGGCCACGUCUUCCAGGUCGAAUAUGCCCUCGAAGCCGUCAAGCGAGGAACAUGCGCCGUCGGUGUCAAGGGCGCUGACAUCGUAGUGCUUGGCUGUGAGAAGAGGUCGGCGAUGAAGCUGCAGGACACACGCAUCACUCCCUCCAAGAUCUGCCUCGUAGACAACCACGUGGCUCUCGCUUUUGCCGGUCUGAACGCCGAUGCCCGCAUUCUCGUCGACAAGGCCCGCCUAGAGGCGCAAUCACAUCGUCUUACCGUCGAGGACCCCGUGUCGAUAGAGUACAUCACCAAGUACGUUGCUGGCGUGCAGCAGAGGUACACACAGAGUGGUGGUGUCAGGCCGUUUGGCAUCAGUACGCUCAUUGUUGGCUUCGAUCCCAACGACAAGACCCCGCGCCUGUACCAGACUGAGCCCUCUGGUAUCUACUCGGCAUGGAAGGCAAACGCCAUCGGGCGAUCGAGCAAGACAGUCCGCGAGUUCCUCGAGCGCAACCACAAGGAGGGCAUGGACCGGGAAGAGACGAUCAAGCUCACCAUCAAGUCGCUGUUGGAGGUGGUGCAGACGGGCGCGAAGAACAUCGAGAUCGCCGUCUCGGCACCGGGCAAGGCGCUCGAGAUGCUGCCAGUGGAGGACAUUGAGAAGUACGUGGAGAACAUCAACACGGAGAAACAGGAGGAGGCGGCAAACAGGAGACCUGGAAGGCCUGCGGGCACUGGAGCGCUGCCAACACGCCCUACGCCUGCUGAGGGCUCAGGCACAGGGGCGUAGAUGAUUAGUUACGAAUGACGGCACCAAACCGACGGCACCAAACUGACGGCACCAAACGAACAGCAACGGCGUCUAGAUGGGAAGACUGAUGAUCAUGAAGUCGUGCAUUGCACACGGCCGCUAGCGCUCAAUCACAUGGCAUGU